UGGAUGCACCGCGGGCUGCGGAGCAUCGACGGCGACCGGGACAGUGAAGUGACGUCGCAAGUCCUGGUCGUGUCGCACCCCGACUCGGAGCAGGACUGCUCGCCGCCCAGCACUGGCGAGAACGACGACAACCCUUGCAGGUCGUUCCUGCGCGGCCAGAACGUGCCCCUGGAGGCGGGCAUCCUGGAGGAGAGGCAGCAGCGGCGCUGCAAGGCGAUGGAGCACCAGACGGCCAUCCGCAAGCAGCUGGAGGAGCGCGACCGGCGGCGCAAGGAGGAGCGGGAGCGGCGCCUGCGGGAGGAGCGCCUGGAGGAGGAGCGCCUGCGCCGCGAGCAGCAGCAGGAGCGGCAGCGCCUGGACCAGGAGCAGCGGCUGCAGCGCGAGAAGGAGGCCGCGGAGCGCGAGGCCAGGGAGCAGAAGAGCAAGGCGAGCCGCAAGCACGUCGCCGAGGCCGAGGCCGUGGACGAGCGCAGCCCCCGCGCCAAGGAGCGGUCUUCGCCGAGGCCGUCGCCGAGGUCGUCCCCGAGGUCGUCCCCUAGGACGUCAUCGCCGCGCGCGUCGCCACGCAAAGCCACGUCUCCGCGGAAGGCGACGCCCCGUGCGUCCCCCAGGGCGUCCCCCAAGGUAUCCCCCAGGGUGUCCCCCAGGGUGUCCCCCAGGGUGUCCCCCAGGGUGUCCCCCAGGGUGUCCCCCAGGGCGUCGCCGAGAGCGUCACCGGGAACGACGCCGACUGUUGAGACCGUUUCGCCGAGGACUGCCGAGUCCAAGCAGCAUGCCCGCGACACCGAGGCCCCCGCCAGCGUCCCCAGCCCGGGCAGGCCUGCCCCCAGGGUGGCGCGCACGCCGCCGGCGAGCCCCAGACGCCACCUCGCGUCCGACGGCGCGGCCGAGCUGGCCGAGAAGCUGGCCUUCAUGCACGUGGCGGAGUCGGCGGUGGCCAGUCAGGACGGCGAGCGCUGCCACGGCGGGGACGGCGCGCCGGUGGCGGCAGUGGAGCAGCACUGCGAACCUGCCAUCGGCGAACCUGCCACGGGGUGGUUCCCGGUGCUGGAGUUCCUCCAGCCCACGCUGCCCCCGGAGUAA